GCAGGCGUGAAGAAGGAUGUGGAGGCGCUGGCGGCGCUGGAGCACGACGGCAUCGCCUACUCCGAGUUCAACAAGGACUUCUACGAGGAGGCACCCGACAUUGCGGCCCUGACCCACGCGCAGGUUGCCGAGUACCGCCGCCAGCUGGGCAUGCGGGUGAGCGGCUUUGACGCCCCUCGACCAAUCCAGACCUUCAAGCAGUGCGGCUUUGACGGGCCCCUGAUGGCCGCCAUCACUAAAGCCGGCUACCAGAAGCCCACCGCCAUCCAGGCGCAGGCGCUGCCGGCAGCGCUGUGCGGCCGCGACGUGCUGGGCAUUGCCAAGACGGGCAGCGGCAAGACGGCGGCGUUUGUGCUGCCCAUGAUUGUGCACAUCAUGGACCAGCCUGAGCUGCAGAAGGGAGAGGGCCCCAUCGGUGUCAUUGUUGCGCCUACCCGCGAGCUGGCAGAGCAGAUACACAAGGAGACGCGCCGCUUCAGCAAGGCGUACAACCUAGGCGUGGCAGCUGCCUUUGGCGGCCUGUCCAAGCACCAGCAGUUCAAGGACCUCAAGGCCGGCUGCGAGGUGGCAGUGUGCACCCCUGGGCGCAUGAUUGAUCUCAUCAGAAUGAAGGCAUGCAACAUGAAGCGGGCGACCUAUCUGGUGUUUGACGAGGCGGACCGCAUGUUUGACAUGGGCUUCGAGCCCCAAGUGCGCUCCAUCAUGGGCCAGAUCCGCCCCGACAGGCAGACGCUGCUGUUCAGCGCCACGAUGCCGCGCAAGGUGGAGCGGCUGGCGGGGGAUGCGCUCACCAGCCCCGUGCGCAUCACCGUGGGGGAGGUGGGAGGCGCCAACGAGGACAUCAAGCAGGUGGUGGAGGUGGUGCACGACUUGGGGUCCAAACAGAAGUGGCUGCUGGACCGGCUGCAGCGCUUCAUCGAUGAUGGCGACGUGCUGGUGUUUGCCAACCAGAAGGCGCGGGUGGAUGAGCUAGCGGCGGCGCUGCAGGCUGCCGGAGCUAAGGUUGCCGCGAUCCACGGCGACAUGGACCAGCACACACGCAUGCACACGCUGGCAGACUUCAAGGCGGGGGCCUACCACGCGCUGGUGGCCACAGACGUGGCGGCGCGGGGCCUGGACAUCAAGAGCAUCAAGACGGUCGUCAACUACGAUGCCGCCAAGGACAUUGACACGCAUGUGCACCGCAUCGGGCGCACGGGGAGGGCGGGGGACAAGGACGGUGUUGCCUACACGCUGCUGCUGCCGCAUGAGACGCGCAUUGCGGGCGACCUGGUCCAGAACCUGGCGACGGCGGGGCAGGAGGUGCCUGCUAUGCUGCAUGAACUGGCGGCACGCGACCCUCGCUUUCGGAAGGGCACGGCGCGGGGCAAGGGAGGGCGCGGC